AUAGUGGUUUUGUUAAGUAGUGGCAACCCUGUCGAGUAUAUAUCUGCGCAUGUGCAGAGGUACGGGGCAGGCUAAUAGUGUGGCGUGGUGGCAGCACGCCACUGGGAACACUGUCAAUAAACUAAUCGACUUUAGGAUUCAAUUGAUCUGCAGUGUUGUGUUUAUUGGCACCUCGACUACGACAUGGUGUCAGAAGUGGCUUCAGAAGUGAAAGUUUGUGGAUAACGCCUAUACGUGUGACGAGAAAACACAGCAGGAUGGAAGGAUUACAGCCGCCUCCGAAGCUUCAACUGACCGGUAAUGUUGCUGAAAACUGGAGAAGAUUUAAGCAAAGAUUUUUGCUGUAUUUGUCUGCAAUUGAUGGAGAUCGCAAGGUAGAAAAAAUGAAGGCGUCAUUAUUUCUUCAUGUGGUUGGUGAUGAAGCUUUGGAAGUAUAUAAUAAUUUCACUUUUGAAGCAGAAGAAGAGAGCUUGAAGUUGCAGCCGAUAAUGGACAAGUUUGAAGCGUUUUGUAUACCGAAGAGAAAUGUUACUUAUGAAAGGCAUCGAUUUUUUAUGUGUAUGCAGAAAAGCGGAGAAACAAUUGACCAGUAUGUGACUGAGCUCAGAUAUAGAAGUAAAACGUGUGAGUUUGGAGAGUUAACAGAUUCCCUGAUAAAGGACAGAAUUGUAUGUGGAGUACCUGACAAUGGAUUGAGGGAACGAUUGCUUAGAGAACAAAAUUUGGAUUUAGAGAAGGCUCUUUCUCUUUGUAGAGCGGCAGAGACUGUAAAAACGCAAGCUAAAGAAUUGUUGAAUGAAACUUGUGCUGUGGAUGUCGUAAAUAAGUACCAGACAACCAGCGUAAGUGCAAACCAAGCAACGAAGCAACCAGAAAGAAGUAGAAUGGUAAUCGAUAAGCAGCAGAAAACAUGUGAUCGUUGUGGGAUGCAACAUCCACCGAGAAAAUGUCCAGCUUACGGUAAAAGUUGCAACAAUUGUGGAAAAGAUAAUCACUAUGCACGCUGUUGUAAAGCUAAACGAAUGUCAAGCCAAGUAAAUGCAGUUACUGAGUGUGAAGUUGAAGAAUUUUAUGUGGAUGCAGUAGCAGAAGGUGGAGAAGGAGAACAAAAAGAGUGGUCGGUACAACUGCAAAUAAACAACAUGACAAUAGCAUUUAAAAUUGAUACUGGAGCUCAAGUUAAUGUCAUUUCUGAAAUGGAGUUCAAUAAAUUAAAGCCUCGACCAAAGUUGUAUGCUGCUAAAGUAAAAGUGACUGGAUAUUCUGGAGCGAACAUACCAGUGAAAGGAAAAUGUGUUGCAAAAAUACGAUAUAAGGAUAAAGAUCAUAGUCUGUCAUUUGUAGUGGUGCCAAAGGAUUGUCAAGGCUUGUUAGGCUUGUCUGCUUGUGAGAAACUGAAUCUGGUGAAAAGAGUGCUGGUCGUGGAAGAAUCAAAAGAGUCUGAACCAGAGUAUGACUCAAUUCUAAGAGAGUAUGAGGAUGUGUUUAAAGGUUUAGGCUGUCUGUCAGGUGAGCAUACCAUCCAAACUGAUGAAACUGUGCAUCCAGUUAUACAUCCAUGUCGAAAGGUACCGUUUGCACUUCAGAGACAAUUAAAAGAUGAGCUGGAGAGAAUGGAGAAGUUAGGAGUGAUACGGAAAAUAGAUCAGCCCACAGAAUGGGUUAGUUCAUUUGUGAUUGUUGACAAGAAGAAUGGAAAACUUCGAAUUUGUCUCGAUCCUAGAGAUCUGAACAGAGCAAUUAAGAGAGAACAUUUCAAGCUUCCUACACGUGAAGAGAUUAUGGCACAGUUUGCAAAUGCCAAAUAUUUUAGCAAGCUAGAUGCAUCAUCAGGAUUUUGGCAGUUAAAAUUGGAUGCUGCCAGCUCAAAACUUUGCACGUUUAAUACACCAUAUGGGAGAUAUUGUUUUUUAAGGCUUCCUUUUGGAAUUGCUUCUGCUCCUGAGGUGUAUCAUAAAACGGUGCAUAUGAUAUAUGAACACAUGGAAGGUGUUGAUACAUCGAUGGAUGAUAUAAUUGUUUGGGGAGCGUCGAAAGACGAGCAUGAUGCAAGGUUAAAAAAGGUUUUGGAAGCAACCAGGCGUGCAAAUUUGAAGUUGAAUAAAGAAAAGUGCCAAAUGGGAGUGACUGAAUUAACGUUCUUGGGUGACAAUAUCAGUAAAGCAGGAGUGCGACCAGAUCCCAGGAAGAUCUCUGCUAUUGAACAUAUGCCAAGACCACAAUGUGUAAAAGACGUACAGAGAUUCAUGGGAUUGGGAGCAGUCCUACUUCAGGAUUAUGAUGGAAUCUGGCAACCANCUACCGUUCCUUUAAGUGGCUUAACCAAAAUGGAGGUCCAAGGCUACUGGCUCGCCCGGCACGAUGAAAGCCCUGGCUCGCACUGGCCCACCUAUGGAAAACCAGCUACUGAGUCUACACCCCUAUACUGCACCUAA